CGUACACGUCAACACCGCCAACGAAAGCGUUACAAUCGGUAAAGCCGCCAUCUUCCGGCCAGAUGAUGCUCAAUUGCUGCGAUACAGGGACUUGGCUUUGCGUUGUCUAGUGCGCAGCUAAUGCGCACCUCGUCAUUCCAUAGCUCAGUAUCCAGCGAAACACGCCUACGGCUUGGAGGGUUUCCCCCGACGGCCCUUCAUUGCGCUUCUUGAGUCCGCAUUCCAUCGUUUGAACGCGAGGCAUUGUAACCGGUCGGGUUGGAAGUGUAGAUGUAUGACACUGUUCGCGAUAACAGGGUUUCGAAUAAUGCCAAUCAUUUCAAGGUCAUCUCGUUGGAAAUACGCGUUGACGAUCUGCAAGAAAUGCUCGUCGCGGGACGCUUUCAAUAGUAUGAGCUACGCGUCGGAGUGACGGUACACCUCCGGUUUGCAGCAAGUCGCAAGCCCGGUGGAUCAGCUCGGCUGGCUGGUAGCUCAAGCAGAGACAUUGUACGAUGCUGGAGCUGUUCUCCUUGCAGCGCAGCAAAAAGGAAUUGUCGGUUCAUUCUCCACCAAGAUGAACUCGACGAGUCCUCGACCGCCAGCGAAAACCAUGAUGCACGACGUCCAAAGCCCUCAGCGAUAUCCGACGGCCACGUUCUCCCGUGUAGCCGACAACCAAUUGGAAGGGAAAGGAAGGGAAGGGGUGAUUGAUCGUCUAGCAUGCCAACCACGCUAGAAUACGUAAUAACGUGAAAAGCGACGCUAGAAUACCCAUCAACUUCAUCCCAUCAUC